GAUGUUGAGUUUGAAGUAAAGUUUGAUCAUAAGAACACGUUUAUUGGUGAUCCAUUCAAGCUGGAAUUAAACAUGAAAAAUACUAGUGGUAACUUACGGACUGUUACUGGGACACUGGUGAUUUCCACGGUUUAUCAAACAGGCAUCACGUUUAAAGAUGUUCAUAAGGAGAAAAUCAGCAGCGUGUCUAUGAAUGGCAAGGAAAGCAAGACAAUCAGGGCUGAAGUACCGGUAAACGAUUACCUGUCGAAACUAACCGACGGUUGUAUGUUUGGUGUAUCUUGUAUGUUAAUGGUUCAUGAGACAAAACAAACAUUUGUCUACAAUGAUGACAUGAGGUUGAGGAAACCCCACCUUACAAUCGAGGCACCAAGCAAUGCGAGGGUCGGGGAGAAAUUUAAAGUGAAAGUUUCGGUGAAGAACCCCCUACCUGUCACCUUGACAAACUGCAAGCUAGUUAUAGAAGGACCUGGUAAUCAGAAACCAAAAACUGUAAACCAGAGCAAUGUAGAGAAGGGGAAAAUGUUCGAAUAUAUGUUUGAGCUAACUCCAGUUAAAGCCGGAAAGAAAGAUAUCAUUGUCGUGUUUAACUCAACUCAAAUUGAAGGUGUGGACGGCUUAUACUCUGUGACAGUUACCAAAUAAAACACAUGUGUUACUGUGUUAGUGAUAUACUUUUAUCUGCACUCAUUGAUAUAGGUGAAUGGGUGUCUUUUUUAUUUAGUAUUUGCUUUUUAUAAAACUUGAGGGAUUGCUUUACAGUGGAACAGUGAAUGUUUCAACUUAUUUCAAUAAGUUAAGAUAGGAUCCUUGGACUUUAAUAACAGCUCUCAUUUAUAUAUAUUUUUUCUUGCUUGCUUGUUAAAACCUCUUAGUGAGUACUGCAUAAUAGAACAAUGUUUUUAUACGAAGCAUGUAUUUGCUUUGUGGGCUUGUUUAUUUCAUACAAAUAAAAUCAAUUUAGUUUUAUACACUUUAGAAAUUAAAGCAUUGCAACUUUUUAUACUCCAAGAAAUCUGAAUAUUAUCUGCUUCACAUAAAUAAGAGACCGUCAUAUGUAAUUUGUAACCAAGACGGUGGUUUUCUUACUAUUAGAGUGCAUGUAUAUAUCUAAAGUUGCAGUAUAGAGUCAUUUUCUAUGCAUAUUUGUCAUCUGAAAUCCAAAAUGUUGAAUGGUUAUGCUUAGAUGAGUAUUAUUUUCAGACAUGUAACAAACAUAUACCUUACAUCACAAUCAGUAAAUAGUUCAGUGCUGUCAGUAACAUGCAACUCGGCAGUCAAGAUGAAUCUGUUUUUGAGCGUUUUUUUUUUUUGGCUUAAUUUUGUUUUUGCUUUUUUUCUAUUAAAUUUUAUAAAGCUGUUUGAAUAGAUAUGAUAUAUCGGUUAGGUAUAAUAUGUAUAGGUAUUUCUUAAAUAAAUCAAAUCAAAUCAAAAUGAUAACAUGAUCUAAUUGAUUAUAUCUAUGUUUUCAAGAUGUAAAUGUUUAUUACAAAUAGUUACUGUCUGAGGACCUAAUGUAUCUUUUGGAUAUGUUUGUAUUAUAUACAUAUGUAACCCGUAAAUGUUUUCGUAUAUGUGUAAUACAUGAGAUGUAUACGCUAUGUAUGUGUGUUUGUAUUCACACAAGUGACAUUUUUUAUGUUUUAUGCACACUGAGUGUUAUGUUUUUUAUGCUUUCGUCACCGUUAUGUUUACGUUCUCUUGUUUAAAUAAACUGCUUUAAAUUCUUUA